CCCCGCCCCCGAGGGGCGUGUCCGGAAGCGGGGCGGACGCCCAGCGCCGCGGGCCGGGGCCGCGCUCCCGCCGCCAUCGCCGCCAUGGCCUGCGGCGCCUCGGCUGCCGAGUGCCUGCGGGAGUGGGAGGAGCUGCAGGACGGCUACCAGAGCAUCCAGGAUAAUCACAAGCUGUACAAGCAGAAACUUGAGGAGCUAACCAAGCUCCAGGAUGGGAUCUCCAGCUCCAUCGCACGGCAGAAGAAGCGGCUGAAGGAGCUGUCAUUGUCCCUCAAAAAAUGCAAAGCCUACAUGAGUCCCGAACAGGAGGAGUCCAUCCAAGAGACCCAGAGCCUAAUAAAAGAGAGGCAGAAUGUUUUCUUUGAGAUGGAGGCCUAUCUGCCAAAGAAGAACGGGUUGUACCUGAGUCUGGUGCUCGGGAACGUGAACGUCACGCUGCUCAGCAAGCAGGCCAAGUUCGCAUAUAAAGAUGAGUAUGAGAAGUUCAAGCUCUACCUCACCAUCAUCUUACUCAUCGUGUCCUUCUCCUGUCGGUUCCUCCUCAACUCCAGGGUGACCGACGCUGUCUUUAACUUCCUCCUGGUGUGGUAUUACUGCACCCUCACCAUCCGGGAGAGCAUCUUGAUCAACAAUGGAUCCAAAAUCAAAGGCUGGUGGGUUUUCCAUCACUACAUCUCCACCUUCCUCUCAGGUGUCAUGCUGACGUGGCCAGAUGGGCUCAUGUACCAGAUGUUCAGGAAUCAGUUCCUCUCCUUCUCCAUGUACCAGAGCUUUGUGCAGUUCCUCCAGUACUACUAUCAGAGCGGGUGCUUGUACCGGCUGCGAGCACUGGGUGAGAGGCACAACAUGGAUCUGACUGUGGAGGGCUUCCAGUCCUGGAUGUGGAGAGGCCUCACGUUCCUGCUUCCCUUCCUCUUCUUUGGACAGUUCUGGCAGCUCUACAAUGCUGUCACCCUCUUCCGCAUGCUCCAGCACCCAGAAUGCAAGGAGUGGCAGGUCCUCAUGUGUGGCCUCCCCUUCUUCAUCCUCUUCCUGGGGAACUUUUUCACCACCCUCCGUGUUGUCCACCAGAAGUUUCAGAACAAGAACAAAGACAGGAAGCGGAAUUGAAGGGGGGCAGCAUGGGGGCCAGGACUGUUUCCCCCGACCGGCUCUGCUUCCCAUCCCCAUCUCCUCAAUGCCGUCCGGACUCUGGUGUCGCACUGUUCCUUGGAAGCCUGGGUGUGGGACAGAGCUUGGGACCUGCACACAAAUAUACCAUGUGCUGGAUCUGUGCCCGAGUCACUCAGCUGGAGUGAGGAGCACCCUGGAACUCCAGUCCCCUCUGCCUUCAUCCUCCAGGAGAGCAGGGUGCCUGGGGCAGCUGCUCCCCUUGCCUCUGCCCUGAAGACAUUUACCAGGAUGGUUCUCUGGGGUCAAGCCCAGCUCUGCCCCACUGUGGGCAGGGGCAGCCUGGGGUGCCUGGUUUGCAUCACCUCCCUUGGGCCAAGGCAGGUUCCAGGGCUGAUGGCUGUCUCUUACACAGCGCCUGGGGGGGGGUCAACACUCUUCCCUCAUUCCUCCCCAGCCCUACAGCCAGGGCAGCCCCUGUGUGUUGAAGGCAGAGGUAAAGGGGCCCUCGCAUUUCAUAGUCGGGAAGCGAUUGCUUCCCUGGCUGCCCUCUUUACUUUCAAGGGCAGCUGGAGGCCGUGCACAAGCACUGGCUUCUGGCAUACUGUACGCAGUUCCUCCUUCACCUUCAAGGCACAGGGCUGAGGUGGAGGAGCUGUGGCCCUGGGGGGGGGCAGGAGCACCACAGGCCUGAACCAGGCUUCACACCAGAGCAGUGCAGACAGUACCCUGGUCUUGCAUCUCUAGAGGAUGCACAUAUGAAAAUAAAGAGAAGGUGCUGCCAGGGUGGUAUCAGAACAGCUUGCAUGCUCUGCUCUGUGGUUUUGGCUCAUCUGGUAGUAAGUCGUUGACACAAGGUGUUGGGAGAAGAAAAAAAGCCGCCUCCAAAUGUCCCCACAGCAGCCCAUGUGCAGUGGGAAGAGGACAGCAAGUGCUGUGAGCUCCCUGCCAUGGUCCCCCCUGUCCUGCACAGCCCCAUGCCACAGGCUCCGGCCAGAGCUUUGGCCACCCAACGAGCCAAGUGUCGCUGCAGGCUGGGGGAAGAGAAGCUGUACUACCACCAGGCACUCCUGAAGUGUCGGGAACCAAACGGCACAUCCAGCACAGCCGUGCCUCAGAGAUGAGCCAUUUGUGCCCCGCUCAGCACCCCGGGGCAGGGUCUGCCCCAGCUCAGCCUAAACCCAGAGCUGGUGCCUGUUCUCCAGGUUUCCUCCUGGUUAGGAGCCAUUGCUCCUCCUGCCUCCCUCUUCCCUCUGGCUGGGCAGAGAGAGGGCAGGAAGCAAACUACAGAAACAGUGUUUUUAUUCCAAGGGCAAAUGUAUUUAAAUAAUUUACAGUCAUUGGACAGCCUGAAAGUUUUUUCAUGAUUACAUCACAAAGAUGUUAAAGUAAAAACUAUUUUAAAAAUGAC